GACGAAAAAUCACAUACAGUUACAUAUGAUCAUUUGGAAAAUUUUACAAAAUGUUUGGUGAAAAAACUUGGUCUCAAUUGGGAGGAGGUAAUUGUCGAUAUGGGUGAAAAAUAUGCUCGACAAUGUUUGGCCAUCGAUUCCAAGCCAUUAAAUUUUAUCGGUGAAAAUUUGAUCGAAUUUCUAGUGAAUAUUGAAAAUAUACAAUCGAUUGCUUAUAAAGAAGUUAGCCAAAUGAAAGAUUUUUCUAAUCGUGCUUGGACACCAUCACAACCUGAUCUAUUGCCAAUCACUGUUUUUGUCAAUAAUUCUGAAACGAAAAUUGUUGUCACAUACAAUAUAAUGGAACCAAUAUGUCAUUUUGUUGCCUGUUUUCUUUCUGGCCUUUUUCAACGUGUAGCACGAUUAUUAUUUAACAUUAUUAUCCGUGUUAAUGUUGAAAUUGGAUCGGAUCAAUAUAAAUUCUUUAUAGAAAAUCGUCGAUCGGAUGCCACUUUAGUCAAUGAUGAUUCAUUAGUUUCUCGUUAUAAAUCGUAUCUUUUAAAUCGACCGGAACAAUUGCUCAUGUACAUACAAACAUUUAAACGAGUGUUUCCAUUUCAUUUUGUCUGCGAUCAAAAUCUUCGAUUUAUUCAAUAUGGAACAGGUCUUAGCAAAAUAUUUGGUACACAAAAUAAAUUGAAUGUACAUAUUUCCAACGUAUUCAAUAUUGUACAGCCUAAUGUGGGAUUCUUUUUCGAAUCAAUCAGACAUCGAAUCAAUCUUGCCUUUAUCCUACGUAUACGUGAUAACAUUUCAAAUGAACAUUUUCGUAGUAUGGAAUUACAAGGACAAAUCAUUGAAUGUGUUGAAUCGAAAUGUUUAUUAUUUCUUGGAUCACCAAUCGUCAAAGGAUUACAAUCCUUAACUAGUCGUGGCCUUUUUUUAUCAGACAUUCCUAUUCAUGAUGCGACCAGGGAUAUUAUUUUGAUUGAAGAACAAUCAAGAGCACAAGAGAGUUUAAAACGUCGUAUGGAUAAACUUAAGGAUACGAUACAGAAAGCUAAUCAAGCGGUCGAAAUUGAACGAAGUAAAAAUGUCGAUCUAUUAAAUUUAAUUUUUCCGGCCCAAGUUGCACGACGAUUAUGGUUAGGUAAAUCGGUUGAAGCACGACAAUAUGAUGAUGUCACUAUGUUGUUCUCGGAUAUUGUUGGAUUUACGGCCAUUUGUUCAACUGCCACUCCUAUGGCUAUCAUCAAUAUGUUAAAUGAUCUGUAUACACAAUUCGAUGUAUUCUGUGGUGAAAUCGAUGUCUAUAAGACGGAAACUAUCGGCGAUGCUUAUUGUGUUGCAUCCGGUUUAUAUCGACAAUCAUCAUACCAUGCCGUACUAGCUGCAUUCAUGGCCCUGAAAAUGAUGGCAGCAGUGAAAAGUUUUAAGCCCAAAGAUAUAAACGUAGAAAAAUUUAAGAUGCGAAUCGGCCUUCAUAGUGGUUCCUGUUUGGCUGGAAUUGUCGGUGUUCGAAUGCCCAGGUAUUGUUUAUUCGGUGCUCAUGUGACAUUGGCCAAUAAAUUCGAAUCCCAUAGUGAGGCCCAACGAAUCAACAUUAGUCCAACAACUUAUAGGUUGUUGCAAAAAUUCCAGAAUUUCAAAUUCACAUUACGUGAUCCAAGUUGCUUGCCAAAAGAAUGUCCAGCCAAUCUAGAACGAAUUUCUGCAUUUGUUGAUAGUUAUCAUCAUCCUAAAUUAGCGACUGAAUUAUCACAAACCAAUCAUAUAACAAGAGCUUUGGAAGAUAUUAACUCAUUGAACAAUGAUACCAAUAAAAGUUGAUUAAUUACGAAUCUAGAAAAUUUGGAAAAUAUUCCUAACAUUUCAAUACACAUUCAAAAAUCUAUUCAUUUGAAUGCCAAAAU